ACGUUUCUAGAACUAUUAGGGAUUUCGAUUCCACAAAACAUAUUCAAGCUUUUCAAUCAUGUCGUGCUUCCUUUAUUCUUAAUGGGCGUCCUAUUCAUGGGUCCCGUCCUGAUGAUGUUUUUAAGCAAAGAACUUCCAUUCCAACAAGCCUUUGAUUGGGUAACUCAUCGGCAAUAUUUCCGAAGUUUGAUCGGCAUGAGAAAUUUUGUCGUGGGUCCUAUUUCCGAAGAGUUCGUGUUUCGAGCAUGCAUGGUUGCAAUUGUCGCACACACUGGCGCAAAAUCUUAUACUAUGAUCUUUGCAUUGCCACUAGUGUUUGGUAUAGCACAUAUUCACCAUGGUUAUGAAUCCUUUGUGAGAAAGGGCCGGACACGACGUGCAUUUUUAAAUGCAACCCUUAUGACUUGUUUUCAAUUUCUCUACACAACCCUUUUUGGUUGGUUCGCCACUUACUUGUUCCUCAGAACGUCCAAUUUGAUCGCACCCUGUAUCUGCCAUGCCUUCUGUAAUUUGAUGGGCUUCCCCGAUGUCACCAACAUUCAGUACUUUGGUCGAUGGAAACACUGGCUUUAUUUGGCUUUUGCAACCGGCAUCCUCUUGUUCGGCCUCCUGCUACAACCCUUGACCUCGCCUAGUCUUUAUGGUGAUGAAUUCUCUUCUGCUUAUUGGAGCAUCACAAUGAAGAGCACUUUAGCAGAAGCAUCAAUAUCAGCAUCAGCCGCAACAGUAGGUGUAGACACUGUCUUUAAGGCUGAGAUCUAA